GAUACAAGCAGUCAGACAUUCACACAAAGGCAAAUGGUCCACUCAAGUCAGUGCAAAAUAAGUGCUGAAGAAAACACAACAUGGUGCAAGAGCAUCUCUCGGGGCAAUUUAGCAUUUUUACUCGAUGGUGACAUAUUGAUAAACAUUAGAAAAGAGUAGUGCUUCUGUUCUUUGGUUUUGAGCGUGUAUUAAGCCAAACAAUUUUAAAUUUUCCUUUAUCAUAUGAAAGUAUCAGCGUAAAGCAUCCGCAACAAUCGAAAUGGCAUGAACGAAAUUUCAUGAAUGCAAAGAAAGCCAUUCAAUUGGAAGGCCUUCUCUAGUCUAGACAGUGCCGAAUUUCAUUGAGAUUGCUUUGAAGAGGAACAAACUAUUUUUACCAUUCAUCGAAGAAUGUUCUCACAUCAUUUAGCGGAUCAUUAGGAUGAGGAAGUGAAUUUUUCGGGAACGCACUCUAAUUUUAGCAAACUGCUGCGAUGUUAGUUCGGUUUGUAGACUUCUGGCUAGUGUAGUGAAAGUGAUUACCAAAAACUAAAAACUUUCGGUUCAAUAGUCUGAACGGCAGAGUAGGUACGGCACUGCGCUUACGCGAAGGUCAUCUGCGGAAAAUGGAAUCUGAUGUUCCUUAACAGAGCUCUCCGUUUCGAAGCGAUGCGAUGGGACAAGUGUUUGUCAAGUUCCCAGAAUCAAAAAUCGAUAUACGGCUGUAGAAAUCUCCAAACGGUACAGGAAGCGUCUGAUGUAGUGCAUGAAAGUGUGAAAUGCUGAAAGGAAUCAAUUUUGGUGAUUUAUGUGUUGCUAUGCCCACUGGGGCUCUAGUUGAAUAGUCGGUGCGCCGCGUAUGCAGUGCUUAUGGCGAGAGCGUAGUGCGUUGAUUGAAUAAUGAUUAUGUAGCCCAUCAGCGGAAGGUUACAGAACGCGAGAGAAUCAAAACAGAAUACACAUAUCCACCUUCCUGCACAUAUCGUUAUAGUGGGUCUUGCGGGAAGGCGAAGGAGCAUAUUUUGGUGACUUUUCCAUUUCGGUGUAGUUAUUCUUUAGUUACAACAGUGAAUAACGCAGAACAACAGCUCCAAUGAAAAAAGUAAUGAUACCGUCGUUGGAUAUGAAAAAGAGUGUUUCGGUCAAAGUAGAUAGUGAUCUGACAUUGCUACUAUCGAGUGGAGUGUACGAAAUUAAAAAAAUGGAGCCCCGCAGGCGGCUCCGUCCCAUUGUGAUAAUCUGUUUGUUUCUCACCAUUGCCGGUAUCAUCGGGUUUGGAUACUUCUGCCCGGAUCAGGUGUGCGCCCUCUCGCGGCGCGAAGUGAUAAGCAACCAGGAACUUAUCACCGGCUACGAACAUGACAAUCUGGGCAAACCGGUGCAGCAAAAUUUGCUGGCCAAUCCGGGGCUCAGCUACGAGGAGGUCCUCAACGAUGACUUCCAGUUCGACAUGAAUGCCCACGAUGUGAUGGUGUUUUUGCACAUCCAGAAAACAGGAGGAACCUCCUUCGGAAAGCAUCUGGUGCGAGAUCUGGACUUGAAGCGACCGUGCACUUGUCAGCGAAAGAAGAAACGGUGCUACUGCUUCCGACCGCACCGCAACGAGAAUUGGCUGUUUUCGCGGUACUCGACCGGUUGGAAGUGUGGCCUGCAUGCUGACUGGACCGAACUGACCGGAUGUGUGGACUCCGAGCUGGACAAGAACGAGGGCGAAACGGCCAAGCGGCGGUACUUCUACAUCACGCUGCUGCGGGAGCCGAUCGCACGGUAUCUGUCCGAGUUUCGGCAUGUCCAACGCGGUGCGACCUGGAAGAAUUCCCGCCACUGGUGCCUGGGACGAACGGCGACACCGGAUGAGCUGCCGCCGUGCUACGGUGGUGAAAACUGGAACGGAGUGCCGCUGGAUGAAUUCGCCGGCUGCGAGAGCAAUCUGGCAGCCAACCGGCAAACCCGCAUGCUGGCCGAUCUGGCCCUGGUCGGGUGCUACAAUAAAACCUACAUGCCAUCGGCAGAGCGCGACCGCAUCAUGCUGGCCAGUGCCAAGCGCAACCUAGCUGCCAUGUCCUACUUCGGUCUAACCGAGCACCAAAAAAUCUCCCAGUACAUCUUCGAGGAAACGUUCAAUCUACGGUUCGCGAUACCGUUCGAGCAGCACAACAACACCGUCUCGACGAGCACCAUGAACAGUCUGACGGCCGAGCAGCGGGCCAAAAUUGAUAAGCUAAAUGCACUCGACAUCGAGCUGUAUGCAUUCGCGAAGAAAUUAAUGUUCCAAAGAUUCGAAAGACUUAAAGCCAAAGAUAAUGAUUUUAAUGUAAGAUUCGCGCAUUUAGGUAACCUAGGCAUAAAAAAUGGCGUUACCGAGUUCAACUGGGACAGCAACAUUGACGAUGCGCCCAGCAGUGAACACCACUGAUACACAGGGGAAAGGACUCGUACCGAAGUGACAGUCCCGCACAAUCCUUCGUACAACUACAACAUAAUGAUGAUUCCGAAAUCGUUGCCAUUUCGUCGUCCCUCGGGACGUCCCGCCGCGUCACCAUCGUCGCCGUCUUCAUUGUCAUUCACUAUUAAUAAGAUCACUUCCCCCCGCGUCAUCGAUGUACCCGCCGAAAGUCGCCUGCCGGCAUCCGUGGGCGCAACCUCAUUACCCUAUUUCAACUACAACAACAACAACAACAGCAGUCGCAACACCAAACUAUUCGCUUCCACUAGUCCGAUUGAACGGAAGCUUCACAGACGGCGCCGGCCACAGGAUCACCGGGGACGGCCAUUCAAACUCACCAAGCAACAGAUUACAAUGCAAACGCUACGUGAUAGCCCCCCACAGAGGGGUCGGAGGACUAACGGCAGCCAGCAGCAGCAACAGCGGCAGCAGUAUAGCAGCAACCAGUGAUGCUGAAUAGUCAUAGAGCUCCGGGUGUUGUUUGCAUACUGAUUUUUAGCAUUUUAGUACUGACGCAGAAUGUGAAUAUUUUAUCUAAUAACACACACACACACAAACAAAACAAUUGUUUUAUAGUAGUCUUAAACAAUAAGGAUAAACUUGAAUACACCCAAACGGAAAAAGUGUAUGAAAAUGAA